CUCCUCCCCACCACAACUUUAGCAUGAUGUCUUAUCUUAAGCAACCACCUUAUGCAGUCAAUGGCCUGAGUCUCACAACCUCGGGCAUGGAUUUGUUGCAUCCGUCCGUCGGUUAUCCCGCCACCCCCCGAAAGCAGCGGCGGGAGCGCACGACCUUCACCCGGGCGCAGCUGGAUGUGCUGGAGGCUCUUUUCGCCAAGACCCGCUACCCCGACAUCUUCAUGCGGGAGGAGGUGGCCCUGAAAAUCAACCUGCCCGAGUCCAGAGUGCAGGUGUGGUUUAAGAACCGCCGAGCCAAGUGCCGGCAGCAGCAGCAGCAGCAGCAGAACGGGGGCCAGAACAAGGUCCGGCCAGCUAAGAAGAAGAAUUCACCAGCCCGGGAAGUGAGCUCGGAGAGCGGGACCAGCGGGCAGUUCACUCCCCCCUCCAGCACCUCAGUCCCCACCAUUUCCAGCAGCAGCGCCCCCGUGUCCAUCUGGAGCCCGGCGUCCAUCUCCCCGCUCUCAGACCCCCUGUCCACCUCUUCCUCCUGCAUGCAGAGAUCCUAUCCUAUGACCUACACCCAGGCAUCAGGCUACAGCCAAGGAUACGCUGGAUCAACCUCCUAUUUCGGAGGGAUGGACUGUGGAUCUUACUUGACCCCUAUGCACCACCAGCUCCCUGGGCCGGGGGCCACCCUGAGUCCCAUGGGUGCCAACGCGGUCACCAGCCACCUCAACCAGUCUCCAGCCUCCCUCUCCACCCAGGGCUAUGGAGCCUCCAGUUUGGGCUUUAACUCCACCACCGAUUGCUUGGAUUAUAAAGACCAAACCGCCUCCUGGAAGUUAAACUUCAAUGCUGACUGCUUGGAUUAUAAGGACCAGACAUCGUCAUGGAAGUUCCAGGUUUUGUGAAGAACCUUUGUGAUACCGAGAGAAAUCGCGACGAGAACGAACAGGCUGGGCUGAACAUGCUCCAGUUUUAGUCAGGUCUUGGUUAAAUUAAAGAGAAAAAUAACUCCACGGACAAACAAACGAACAAAAAAACCGACAGCAACAAGAGGGGGACAGUGUUGGUGUGAUCCCGUUCGGACUCAUCUCCUGCUCAGACGCUCUGGAAAAGGAAUAAUAAAAGAGGAAAAACAGAGGAGGAAGGCCUUAAACGGACAGAUCAUCUAGUGAGCAGAAACCAGACAGACCCAUCUGUGUUCUUUCUAGUUUUAGGCAAUUGUUGGGUUUCUUUGUUUGGAAGAGGUUGGGAGAUCAUCCCACCUAUGGGCCAGUUUUAAAAAAAAAAAGAAAAAAAAAAAGAAAAAAAAAAGAGUCUAGGUUUUUAUUUCUUUUUUUUUUGUGUGUGCGUGGAAAGAUGAUCCUUCACCCAGAGGUUUCCAAUGUGUUAGCCAACCCUUGGUUAAACUAUUCGGAAUGGACAACAUCUCUCUUUUUCUCCCUCCCUCUUUCUUUCUCUCUCCCUCUCGCUCAUCCAACUGUUUCAUGCCCAACUUGCUCAAGUUGGCACCUGGAGAACUUGGUUCAGGGCUGUGUGGGUUGUGUGACUGAUUGUCCUAGCUGCACUACUUUAUUUAAAGAUUAAGAAAAAAAAAAAAGAUAAUGUUCAUAAGGAGUCAAUAUGUAGUUUUUAAGAGACAAUCAGUGUGUGUCUUAUAUAAAUGGUACAUCUGUGGUUUUUAAUCUGUGCUAGACUUCAAAACUGUGAUCUCCUGUAUUGUAUGCAACUAUGAACUCUGCACCAGCGGGAGUUCUGCUGUGAUUUAAAUAGGUUAUAAUUAUAAGUGAAAAUUCAGAGCAACUGAGUUACCUAUUAUCAUCUUUUAAAAAAAUAAUAAUUAAAAAUAUAUAUUUAAAAAAAUAAU